GUCGCAGAUCUCCUAGUAGCUGUGCUCGUCAUGCCGUUUGCCGUCUACGUUCUGGUAAACGGAUCGUGGAGUCUGCCCGGCUUUGUCUGCGACUUUUACAUCGCGAUGGACGUCACGUGCAGCACCAGUUCCAUUUUCAACCUCGUAGCAAUCUCGAUAGACAGAUACAUAGCGGUGACCCAGCCGAUAAAAUACGCCAAGCACAAGAACAAUAGAAGAGUGUGGUUGACGAUACUGUUGGUCUGGGCGAUAUCGGCCGCGAUCGGCAGCCCGAUUGUUCUCGGCUUGAAUAACACCCCCGACCGAAUACCGGACCAAUGUCUCUUCUACAAUGCAGACUUUAUCAUCUACUCGAGCCUAUCCAGCUUCUACAUACCUUGCAUCAUCAUGGUGUUUCUCUACUACAAUAUAUUCAAGGCGCUGCGGAACAGGGCGAGGAAGGCAAGGGCCAAUAGAAAACCGAACCUGGGCGACAUUAAACCGGGCAGCAUAAUCGAGAACAUCGCGCACACGCGCAGUGGGUAUUCUGUGGCAAGGUUUGCGGAGACUGCACUCGGGGCGGCAGCUCUGGUGGCGCCUGGCAUGGAGGAGCCGACGAACACCGCGUCCGGGAGUAACGAGGACGAGGACGAGACGCCCCUUGAUCCUGUCGUGGUCAUCUCGAACGACAAGAGCACCGAGUUCUUUUUAGCCACGGUCGUCGAGGAAGCAGCUUGUCGUUUCAGCGCAGUGGCUCAAGCUCAGCUGGGUGGAACGCAGAACGCGAGAAAGGAUUCCGGGUACGACGCGGCGGCGAGCAGCACGGUCGUUCACGAGCCUCUCGAAACGAAUUCCAGCCCGAGCCCUUACCCACGAAUCACCUCCGCUCCUUCGUCCUCGACAUCUUCCUCGCCGCCGCCGAAGGGCGCGGCCACCAGUCAGAGCUCGCAGGCCAAGAAGAACGGCGCGGAGACGAACAAGCAGGAAUUAAAGAGGCUCAAGAGUGCCGGUUCGCUUCUUCCUCUUCAGCUUGGCCGAACGCCAAGCGUCUUGUCCGGCACUUCCACCUGUAAGAAGGACAAGAAGAACGCCGCUUCCGGCUCCCGUUUCACGAUAUACAAGGCCAACAAGGCGAGCAAGAAAAAACGCGAGAAGAGCUCCGCGAAGAAAGAGCGAAAGGCUACGAAAACGUUGGCGAUAGUUUUGGGUGUCUUUCUGAUCUGCUGGCUGCCGUUCUUCACCUGCAACAUCAUGGACGCAAUUUGCACGAAGCUGGAGGCCACCUGUCAACCAGGUGUCACGGCCUUCAUCGUCACCUCCUGGCUAGGCUACAUGAACAGCUUCGUGAAUCCCGUAAUUUACACUGUGUUCAAUCCCGAAUUUCGCAAAGCCUUCCAUAAAUUGAUCAGCUUCUAG